AUGGGUUUGGGUUUGAUCUUGGACUCGACGAAAGAGGAUGGUUUGGAUCCGGUUAGAGAAACGGGUCGGGUGAGAGGGAGGAAACGGAGUCCGGUUGUGAAUUCGAUGAGAGACAAAGAUGGGAAGAGACGAAGAGUGAAUUCGUCACUUGUGAGGGGAUUGAGAAUUAAAACGGUGGAGAGGGAUACGGAUUCAUGGUGUCCUUCGUCGGAUCGAUUAGUUAGGUUUUGUCACUUGGUGGAUUUGGGGAUCUCGACGAGAUGA